GCUGCUGAUGCUGCUGCUGCUGAUGCUGAUGCUGGGAGGCUGACUGACAGACAGAGAGGGAGGGUCUAUUCCACGCGAGGAUUAUUAUUGCUCUGCUUCGCGCUUUAUCCAUAAGGGAAGCACCCGAGGAGAAUCGGAAGAAACCGAAGCCCAGACCCGAAAAGAGCUGUUGUGAGGGACCACAGGGUGAUGACGGUGCCCUCGGCCCAUGAGUUUCAUUGGCAGAGCCUGGCGUGUCUUUCCAGUGGCCGCGUGUAUCACUCAUUGGCUGAUGUCGGGGGGCAGCUGUAUAUGGUGGGGGGUUGCGAUGCCUCGGGUCGACCCACCAGCGCUCUUGAUCUCUACUCCCCUGAAGUGGACCGCUGGCUCAGUCUUCCUCCGAUGCCCACGCCGAGAGCCGGUGCGGCGGUUGCUGUCUUAGGUAAGCAGCUGCUGGUGGUCGGGGGAAUGGGGAAGGACCAGCGCCCCCUGAAGGCCGUGGAGGUAUACAACACAGAAGAAGGCAAGUGGAGGAAGAGGUGCUCACUCAGAGAGGCAUCCAUGGGGCUUUCUGUCACUGUUAAAGACGGCAGAGCUCUUGCUGUUGGGGGUAUGGGAGCAGACCUCCUGCCUAGAAGUGUUCUCCAGCAGUACGACCUUCGCAAGGACGUGUGGGCGCUCCUUCCACCCAUGCCCACCCCGCGCUACCAUACCAGCAUCUGCCUACUGGGCUCCAAAAUCUACGUGGCAGGUGGACGUCAGUGUAAGCGUUUGGUGAAGGCGUUUGAAGUCUUUGACAUGGAAAGCCGCACCUGGUCCUCUCUACCCAGCCUGCCCUGCAAGAGAUCUUAUUCUGGGGUCUUAUGGGACAGUGCAGGACAUCUCUGCUGGUUAGGAGGGCUCAGACAAGGAGGACUACACCAAAGUUCAAAGUUUACCAAGAAUGUUAACAUCUUUGAUACCAACCAAGGAACUUGGUUAAAAUCGGAGGACACUGUACCCUUGAAGACCAAGCGAGCAGACUUUGCCGCAGCCAUAGUGCGAGGCAGAAUGAUCGUGGCUGGAGGUCUAGGCCAUCAGCCAUCAGUGCUGGACACUGUUGAAGCCUUCCAUCCCGAAAAAAGGAAAUGGGAGAUGCUGUCGCCUAUGGCCUCGCCGCGUUGCUCUGCCACCAGCAUCGUGAUCCGUGAUCGCUUACUGGUAGUAGGAGGCGUCAAUCAAGUCCCAAGCUCUGCCCACGAGAUUCUAUAUGUAAAAGAGGAGGAGAUUCUUUAACCAUAAAACUUUAGGUUCACACAUCAGAAAAAGUUGCCUUCCGUGAUCAAGUAAAACACAAAUUUUCACAUUAAAGGCUGCGGUCACGUUUAGCAUUGCUUUGAGUUUUCACAUGAGAGGCAAAAACAUUCUCAAUUCAGUUGUCUCUCUCGGUUGGUCAUGCAAUUUUUUAGCCAUGCUGAGCAAUACAAAUCUGCUUGGUUUGAAAGUGAUUCUGUUUGAGCUGUGUGUCAUAUCUACGCUAUUAACAAUGGACCUUUUUUUUUUUGGCAAAAUUUUGCAGAGAAAAAAAUCCAGAUCUGCACAAUGGGGACUUUUGCAUGAGAGUGAAAAAUUUUCCAGCACAGUUUUUCCUCUUAUUUAAGCAAAUUCGCCAAGCUGACCAACAGAAAACUGCUUGGUUUCGUGUGGCGAAUUCUUGUUGUGACCAACCUGAAUAUGAGCGUAAACUGAGUGAGGAACUUUAUCGUAACCAAGCAGCUUUCUGUUGGUCAGCUUGGUGAAUUCACAUGACCAACUUGAACAGCGAAAAUGCUGCAAUGACAGUAGAUUAGCGGAAACUGAAUGGAUAAAAUCACUUACAUAAUCUACUUAUGUAGAUAAUGUUUUGAACUUAAUUCCCAAGUGUCUAAGGAAGGCAGUUCAUGGCCAAAAUUAAAUACAGUGUUGACUUUAUGAUAUUCAAAGACCUUAUGCAGUCUUUGCUCAUUCACAUUGGUCACACAAAUUCGUCAAGCUGACUAACGAAAGCUGCAUGAUUCAUGUGGUGAAUUCUCAUGACCACACGGGGAACUUUAUUAUAACCAAGCAGCAUUCUGUUGCUCAGCUCGGUGAAUUCAGGUGACCAACUUCAACAGCAGCGAAAUCUACGCAGGGAACUCAUGCGAAUCUCCCAGACACACGGACUGGAUUUCGCCUGCAAAAUUUUGCUAAUGUGACCACAUCUUAAAGCCUGAAAUACACUCUACAGUAUGCAAAAGUGAGUGCAUUGCAAAUGCAAUAAGGGAGGCUGUAGUUUCCUUCAAACAUCUGUCUUAAACCGAAUUCAGGUAGCUAGCUACAAAAAUGUCAACAGUUUAAAUGUAAAAUGUGUCAUUUUUUGCACCCCAGUGCAAGGUUUUCUUCAGACUGUUGCUCCGUCAUGACAGUAGUUUAGCUGAAACAGAGCAAUGACAGUAGAAGACAAUGUUUACAUUUAUUGCCUACUAUAGUGCCCCUUUUGGCAAUGCUGACAUAUUUCAUAAUGUGUUGAUGCAUGAAAUCAAACUAGAGAUGCUGUUUAUGUACUUAUGUAGAGUAUGUUUUGGGCUUAAUGUCAGUACAACAAGGUUUAUAAAUGCUAGACUGUUCAAAUAAAUAAGCUACAUUAUGUGACGAGGAAUAACUAAAGCACAUAGUAUGAAACAAAAUGUAUUUUAGUUCCACAAAGCUUGCUGUAAAUGCCAUUAAUACAAAAUGUACAGCAAUGACAAUCUGCCUUUUAAAGCCAACAGCACCAAACACCCACUGAAUGAUCUAAGCCAACAACAUAUGCACAAACACAGCUUCAGAAACACAAUAAAUAAGUGUUUGAAAUAGAUGCAGAUUUAGCAGUCUCCCUAUAAUAGUAUAUUGAGAUAUUUUAAGGUAUUUACAGGGUUGCUAAGUAAUCUACUGCUGUUUUUAGCAUGAUCAUUUAGUAAUACAGCAGGUCUUAUUAAUAAAGUGAAGUUUUAGGAUAUUAAUUGUGCAUACCUCACUGCAUUAUUUGUGUAGGAGGUGUUGUGUGAACAGAUUUUGUUGGUUCGUAUGGUGAAUAUUGAUUGUUUUUCACUCAUUCUGGUCAGUUUCUUCCUUGUCAAAGGUAACUUUGCACUGCUGUAGCACAUACUACAUGCAAUCCUUUUUCUAAAUGUUUACAGGGUCUUCAGCGAUUUCCAGUAGCAUCAAGUAUUUUGUCUUUAAAAAAAACUCUGAAAUCAGUAAUUGGGAGUUUUGUGGAUUUUUUUUUUAAAGACAAGCCUUUCACAAUGUCCUACCCAUCUAACUUUUUCAAUAGGAAAUACAACAAAACAAGACUUAAAAACUCCACUCUACACAAGAUUUCAUGGGGUUUUUAAUAAUAAGAUACUGAGUGUGUUUACAUGCACAAUUCAGCUCGUUCUCAAAUCCCAGGAAUGCAAGAAACACUUACAUGAGAUUUUAAACUAUUGUUUAACAUAGUAUGCACACACGAAAUAAACCGCCAGGAUUGUGGCUUCAGAAGUUUAUGAGCUGAUAAAAGAAAACCUCUUGUGUGUUCUACAUGACCUUAUUAAACAUAAUCAGAGUAAGACCGUGCAAGUAAACACACUCAUUGUCAGUACAGAGUUCAGAAAUGCAGUAUUUUGAAUAGAAAUAAAGUUGAAUGUCAUCAUAGCUAUGGCCAACAUCAUUAAAUGGUGUUUACUCUUUUCUAUUCUGAUGUUUUCACUUGGCCAUUUGCUCUCAUUUUGUUAGGAUAAUGUGUCUUGGAUGCACAUAGCAAUAAAAUGAAGCACUGUAAUAAAUGGUUUUCUACAAUGCUUGUAUGUUUGUGGUUUUGCCAUUAAAUUAACAUUAUAUCCUGC